UAGCCCAGUUGGUGUAGAAACAGCCGGGAGGAUUUCAACCGCCUGCCAUGGCUUCCCGAAACACCUACCUGCGGAGACAAAAGGAGGAAUAGAGGAGGAGAACAAACAAGCAGCUUUAUUUCAUUUGCGACCGAAUUAAACUUCUCGAAUGCGAGGGAUAGGACAGGGAGCGAAGCCAGGACUGCUUGUUUCGGGACCAUAUUUACUUCACUUUUACGUUUUCUAAUCAGAGCGGCAACAUGGAUGAUUUUUGACACCCCCAGCGGUCUACAUAGGCGAAGAGCCUGCCUACUCUGAGGUCAGUUGUUGAAUGGGACAGAGUGCGUUAAACUACCAGCGCUUUCUUGACGUGCAUGUGGCGCGGCGGAGCCUCGGUAUAAGUCCGCCCGUCGCUGAUUUCUUCUCUUAUUGGGGACUAUAUAACCACUCGGGAGUUUUGGACUGAUCUACAAAUGGACUAAGAGCUCAAUUUUUUUUCUUCACUUUUUCAUGGGCUUUAUUCCGAUCUACUCUGCCAUGAGUGAAGAGGAGCUGAGAAGCUCCCCCGCUGCUUUUAGAGAGUGAGCGAGGAGGAUCUUUUUUUUUUUUUUUUUUUUGGAGGUGGGGGGUGGGGGGAGCUUGGAAGCUGGAGCGGAGGCACCACGGCGGCACUCUCACACAGGCAGCCGGAGCCAUGAGCAGGGCGCUCACGGAGCACAUCAGCGGUAGCUUCCGAGAAGAUGCUCCCCGUCCUCCGGUGCCGGGGGAGGAGGGAGAGGCGUCAUGCUACAACCCGAGCAGAUCUGGCAAAAUGAGAGCCCAGAGUAAAGUUAAAGAUCUCCCCACCGACGCUGCCGCCGCCGCUGCUCUUGUCGGCUCCAUGCCGCGGAGGAACGAGGAUGGACUCGGGGAGCCGGAGGGCAGCGCGUCCCCGGACUCGCCGCUCGUUCGGUGGACCAAGUCUCUGCAUUUCCUCCUCGGCGACCUGGACGGCGCUCACCUGUUCAGGACCUUCUUGGAGCGGGAGCGCUGCGUCGACGCGCUGGACUUCUGGUUCGCCUGCAACGGCUUCCGGCAGAUGGACUUAAAGGAUACCAAAACGCUGCGAGUUGCCAAAGUUAUCUUCAAGCGGUACAUCGAGAACAACAGCGUGGUGGCGAAGCAGCUGAAACCGGCCACCAAGACCUUCAUAAGGGAUAGUAUCAAGAAGCAGCAGAUAGACUCGGCCAUGUUCGACCAGGCGCAGACGGAGGUCCAGUCCCACAUGGAGGAGAACGCGUACCAGAUGUUCCUGACCUCUGACAUAUACCUCGAAUACGUGCGCACUGGCUGCGAGAACGCCGCCUACAUGAACCACGGCGGGCUGGGCAGCCUCAAGCUGAUGUGCGGAUAUCUCCCUCCUCUCAUGGAGGAAGAGGAGUGGAGUUGCAGUGACCUGAAGGCGAAAGCUUUGGGGUCUGUGGUGGGACUGUCUGCGAAGAACCUGAGGGCUACUGCUACUAUCCGGACAGCAGCUGAAGUGCUGGAGAAGACCUACAGGUCCCAUCGACGAGGAGACCCCGCCAGCCCGUACUUCAUCAACUCCGGCUACAUUUUCGCCCCCGCCACCAGUGCCAACGACAGCGAGAUCUCAAGCGACGCAGCGACAGACGACUCUCUGUCGAUGACUGACAGUAGUGUAGAUGGAAUCCCUCCUUACAAGAUGUGCAGCAAGAAGCAGCUGCAGCGAGAGAUGCAUCGUAACAUUAAGAUCAAUGGCCAAGUUACGCUACCCCACUUCCCUAGGACACACCGGCUGCCUAAGGAGAUGACCCCAGUCGAGCCCUCAGCUUUUGCUGCCCAGCUCAUUGCCAAACUGGAGAAGCUGAAGCGUGAGCAGGACACGAUGAGCUCUCUGGAGGAGAGGCUGCAGCAAAUUCAGGAGGAGGACGAAAGGGAGGAAAGCAACGACCUGAGCAGCAGCAGCUCCCUUCAUCACCCCCUGCUGCCAUCCGCAAGCCAAUGUGAGGAAGACCCCCAGGCCAUCUUAGACGAGCACCUUUCCCGUGUCCUGAAGACGCCCGGCUGCCAGUCGCCUGGCAUCGUCCGGCACUCGCCACGUUCCCGCUCCCCGGAUCAGACCGGCGUGCUGGUGUCCUCUGGCCAUGCGACUCUGUUUGGUGCUUAUCAAGGGUCCGCUAAGGUUCUGAUGACAGGCAGGCAGUCCACGAAGCACAUCCACCACCACUACAUCCAUCAUCACCAUGCUGGGCCCAAAACUAAGGAGCAGAUUGAGACCGAAGCAGCUCAGCACGUGCAGUGCCUCUGCCCUCAAGGGGGCGCCAAUUACUCCGACUUCACACCUGCUCGCUGCAGCACUUUGUCCAGACGACCAUUGAAGGCCUCCGAUGAGGGUGUGUCUUCACCAUGCCUUCCCAUGGUUUCCACCGACCGCUCUCAGAAUGUUUGGCAGUGGAUCCUGGAGAGCGAGAGGCAGGGCAAGCACAAGCCCCACAGCACUCAAGGCCUAAAGAAGUCCAGUCCUCUCGAUUCCAAGAUCCUGCCUGCUAGGACCAACACCUGGGGUGGAGCUGGCACCUGCAACGGGAGUCACCUCCGUGGCCAUCACCCGGGCCAUCCUUUCAUUCAGGAUCCUGCUAUGCCACCCUUACCCCCUCCCAACACCCUGGCACAGCUUGAGGAGGCUUGUCGCAGACUGGAAGAGGUUUCCAAGCCACCAAAGCAGAGGCAUUCAACAGCGUCUAGCAGCCUUCAGAGAGACAGGAGCCAUCCACCUGCUGGAACCAGUGUAGGCUCCUCUCAAACCAACCCUGAAGAGUCUAAGGAGCUGGUGGUAACAUACUUUUUCUGUGGCGAGGAAAUUCCUUAUCGCAGCAUGAUGAAGACCCACUGCCUCACCCUGGGUCACUUCAAAGAACAGCUCAGCAAGAAAGGCAACUACCGGUACUACUUCAAGAAGGCGAGCGAUGAGUUUGAGUGUGGAGCGGUGUUCGAGGAAGUGUGGGAAGAUGCCACUGUGCUGCCCAUGUACGAGGGCAAGGUCCUGGGCAAAGUGGAGAGGAUGGACUGAAAAAAAAGAAAAACAAUAACACAAACAACCAGUGCCCUUCCUAUGCCCAACCACAAGUUAAGCUUUCCCUUAAGAACUUGAGCAACAGACUCUAUGAAAAAA